GGCUGCCCGCCAUUGUUGGUAUCAAAAUAAAACUUGAAACAAUUUUGAAGUUUGAAGAUGAGCAAGAGAAAGGACAAGAGCUCCUCCGGGCCAAGCCCGAGCUCGAGCUCGUCGAUGACGACGCGGAGCAGGAUGAGCAUCGACAGAAAAGUGCAGUAUCGAAAUUUCCUUGAAGGGUUUUCAAAACUCGAACUGGAAGGUGCCAGCAUGGAUGAGAAGAUGGAGUACACAACCAACGUCAUCAAGGAGGCCAAUGAGCUGCUGCAGCAGGGCUCCAUGGAGGACCGAGUCAAGAAUCCAACUGAGAGCUUCCUAGCGUCGCGGGUGCUCCGCGCGGCCAGCCAGAUGGCGGCCACGUGCGCCGCCGGCGUGUCCGGCGCCGUGCACGUGUACGAGCGCCGCGACCUCGCCGCCCAUAUUAAAGAGAAGCCUGAAUUUUGGAACGUGUCAUUCCCGCUGGAGGCUCCGGCGACUUGCUCGCUGUUCGGGGCCUUCGACGCCGCGCCGCCGGAGGAGCGCCCGCGCGCCGAGCGCAGGCGCGUGGAGCGGCAGGCGCUGGCCGAGAAGAAGGCCCCCGCUAAUGUAGACAAAAUGGACAAGACAGAGGAGGGCGCAGAAAUGGUGGCUCGCGUGAAGCGUUUCGUGACCAAAACCUACCAACGUACAGGCGGACCGCUCAGCUACUUCCAUACUGUCCUUGAUCCGGGGAGCUUCGCACGAUCUGUGGAGAACAUCUACCACCUCUCAUUUCUGGUCAGAGAGGGCGCUGUGUCCUGCUAUGUCGAUGAAGAUCACGGGUUGCCGUUCAUAGCGCCGCUGAGUGAGCACGAGCGAGGCGCGGGGGGCGGGGGCGCCGGGGGGGGCGGGGGCGGGGACCUCGCCCAGGAGAACCAGUUCAUAAUCAGUCUAGACAUGCAGCGGUGGCAGGAACUGAUAAAGGCGUUCAACAUCAAACAGCCGAUGAUGGUGCUCAAGCGAUAGUGACCAGUGUGUGUGAGCGAGAACGCUUAUCACGUUUAUGUCCCACUCGCACACCGAAGUGAUGUAGGUAUCGGCAUCCAAUGUGAAGAUCGCCGUAGGCAUUUGUGGCUUUCCAUCACAGAAGGGUCCUUAUGAUUCAUGUGCAAUAUGGACCACUCCAUCAGAAAUUACAACAGCAAUGGUGUAUUUGACUGUAUUUGAAAUAAUUGGGGCAUUUUCUAUGAAAAGGAAGGGACCUUAUUGUCGAUGGCGCUUACGCCGCACAGCGUCGCGCGGCAUUGUAUUUAUAUCGGAGCAUCGUUAAUAAUGGCGUAAGCACCAUCGACAAUAAGGUCCCUUUUUAUAGAAAAUACCACAAAUCAUUUUUCAACAUGCAUGAAAUAAAGCACCAGAAGAUUAAUAGACAAACGUAGACAGCAGUUAUUUUUAGACACAAUUUCAAGAGUUGCAGGAGAUGGUAACUAGAAUGCAUGGAUCUUUUGAAAGGAAAGGAAUGAAAAUAAAUGUAAGUAAGACGAAAGUUAUGGUAUUUGAAAAGGAGGAAUAUAUGACAAACUGUGAAAUUUUGAUUGGUCAAGAAAGAGUAGAACAAGUGAAAGAGUUUGUGUAUCUGGGAACAUUAUUCACUAGGAACGGUAAGCAUGAUAAAGAUAUUGAAAGGAGAGUGAGUGCUGGAAAUCGCGUGAAUGGGGCACUUAACGCUUUUAUGAGCAGCCAGAAGGUGUCGCAAAAGGCACGGUUGGCUGUGCAUAGAGGGGUGCUGGUGCCUACACUUAUGUAUGGUAGCGAAAGUUGGGUAUGGCAGAAGAGGCAUCAGAGCCAAGUGAAUGCAGUAGAAAUGAGAGCGUUGAGAAGUGUGUGUGGUGUGAGAUUACAAGAUAGAAUUAGGAACAGUGUGAUAAGGAAAAAGUGUGGACUGAGCGAAGAUGUAGUGACAAAAAUUGAGAAAGGUAUGUUGAGAUGGUUUGGACACGUGGAAAGAAUGAGUGAAAGAAGGCUAACAAAGAGAGUGUAUAAGGGAGAGGUAGAAACGGGAGUUGGAAGGGGCAGAUCUCGGCGGACUUUCUCUGAUCAGAUCGGGGAAAUCCUGAAGAAAGGCCAGGUCAAGAGCACCCUAAACCGGCGAGCGUGUAUGAGGAAUGUUAUGAAAGUGAAGGAAGCGAAAGAGGUAUGUCAGGAUCGUAGCAAGUGGAAAUCCGUGGUCUCUGCCUACCCCUCCGGGAAAUAGGCGUGAUUAUAUGUAUGUAUGUAUGUAUGUACAAUUUCUAUUUUAAAACCCGUAUAAAACUAUAAAGAGUAGGUAAUUUGAUUGUGACGUCACAUGUUGUGUUUCAUAUAAGUUCCAUAGUAGCAAAAUCGUUUUGACAGUUCGAAAAAAGAGACUGAUUUGAAUAGCAGUUAAUUAAUGGAAAGCCACAUUUAUUGUAUGGUUAUUUGAAUAGUUAGGAUCAUCCUCAAUAAAUGUGCCAUUUUCAACCAAAAGGGUACUUAUGGUCGCUUGUCAGUAAGGCGCUAUUGCCAUAUAUAUUCAAUUUGAAAUCAACCUUAUCGACACCCGACAAUGUGGUGCCUUUUGAUUGAAAACGUCACAAAUAGACUACACUAUACUCUGGCGCACAGCCAGUUUAUCAGUAGAAAAAGGAGGCAAAUUAAAAAAAUGUACGCGCAAAAGUUCGAAUUCCUAUAGAAAAUUUGAAUUUCGCGCUUUUACCUACUGACAAGUUGGAUGUGUUUCAGUAUAUACAGAGUGGCUAAAAAAUAAGUGCAUUCGUUGCCAGGGAGGUUUUGGGAUUAUACUGAGCAACUUUUACUAUGGGACCAACCCCGAAAUUGCGAAAAAAAAAGUACCCUCCCAUAGAAAUUAGACCAGCCAAAAUGAAUGAAAAAGCCAAAUUUUUUUUGCGAUUUCGGGGUUGGUCCCAUAGUAAAAGUUGCUCAGUAUAAUCCCAAAACCUCCCUGGCAAUGAAUGCACUUAUUUUUUAGCUACUGUGUAUAUGUAGCGUUCCAUGCCUAAGGGGUCCAUAAGAUGGAAAGCCACAUAUGUGCCAUUUUCAACCAAAAGGGUACUUAUUGUCGCUUGUCAGUAAGGUGCUAUUCCCAUAUAGCUUCAAUUAGAAAUCAACCUUAUCAACAAGCGACAAUGUGGUACCUUUUGGCUGAAAACGUCACAUAUUAAGUAUUGUACGUUACCAAAUAACAAAUGUGACAUUAUUAGCCAAAAGGCGUUAUGGUUGCCAAUUGUAACACCCAUUUCAUCUUUGCCUUUAUGUCAGAAGCGUCUUUUGGUUGAGAACGACACAAACUAUCUAGAAAAUGGAAAGUUUGGUUAUUGUUAGCACUGAAUUGAAUUGUGCAAUUUUGGAUUUUGGUCGUCUGUUGAUAACUGGUGAUUAUAUUGAUAGUUAUUACUUAAUUAAUUGCGCCAAAGAUGAGCAAAUAAAUGUGGCAUUUUCUAUGAAAAGGGACCUUAUUUUCGAUGGCGCUUACGUCGCACAGCGUCGCGCGGCAUUGUAUUUAUUUCGCAGCAUCGUUUAUAAUGGCGUAAGCGCCAUCGACAAUAUGGUCCCUUUUUAUAGAAAAUACCACAAAUCGAGAGAUUUAACCUCUUUCCUAAAAUUCCUUUGUAGCAUAGAGAAAUAUAAGUAAAGAAAGAGUGGUAACUCCAUACAUCAGUUUUCUUACCAAAACGCGUUAUUUCAAGUAGCGGAUUUAAUUAUCAGUACUGCUAGUUGACAAUAGAUGUCGUGACGAACUGAAAGUCUAAUGCUCAACGAUUUUCAGCUAAUAUUAUAACCGGAUUAACCGGAACUCUAUUUUUCAACUGCUUGUAAUAUUAGUUGUAAAUUGUUAAAUACACUUCGUCAGUCGCGACACAAGUGACAUCUAGUCUCGAGUAGCAGUACUGAUAAUUCCGCUACUUGACGCUAGAUGUCGACUACGAAACUAAUAGCAUAGAGUAACUUAUACUAGAGCGUUACUGUCAUAGUAAAUUUUGUAACCCCAGUAAAUUCACUGCCAUCUGUCGACACACUUUAAAACUAAAAAUUAAGAUUUAUAAAAAUACGAUAAAAUGUAUUUAAAUAUAGAUAAAUGAUUUUUUUUAAAUGCAUUAAUUAUUUUUAUGAUUUUGACCCAUGUUCUUUCACUGAUAUGCGUUAAAAUUGUUAAAUAACAAACGAAACAGUCAACGCCAUCUAUACGACAGUGGGCCAAAACCAGUGGUGCCCUCUGAACGAGAAUCAAAUUUUCUUGAUUUUCGAGGCACGUUUUUUCCUUAGACUGUAAACAUCUAUUACGAAGUUAUAUCUAUCUUUGCUAAUAGUCUUUUUGAUAACAAAACUGAUGUGUGAGCACUCUUUCUACUUAAUUCUCUUUGGUAACGCUUAGAUUAUGUGAUUAUUGUUGUUUUCAUUUCAAGCAUGUGUUAGACUGGGUCUCAUAUGCUAUGAGAAGGCGGUAUGACGCUGGUCAUAUUUUUAUACUAAUUCGUAUAUUUCUAUCUCCUAAUUUAAAUAACAUACGCAUACACGUUUGUUGUUUAAGUUAAGGGGCCCACCUAUUACCAGUACACCGAACGAUAUCAGCCUGUCAGUCAGAACAAAAAUUUGACAGUUGACUGGUAAUGGGUGGGCCCCUUUAAACAACAAAUGUGCCAUCCUCAACCAAAAGGGUACUUAUUGUCGGUUGUCAAUAAGGCGCUAUUUCUAUACAUAUAGCUUCUACUUAGACAUAGAGUAACUUAUACUAGAGCGGUACUGUCAUAGUAAAUUUUGUAACCCCAGUAAAUUCACUGCCAUCUGUCGACACACUUAAAAACUAAAAAUAAAUAUUUUUAAAAAUACGAUAAAAUGUAUUUAGAUAUGGAUAAAUGUUUUUUUUUAUUUGCAUUAAUUAUUUUAAUGAUUUUGACCCAUGUUCUUUUACUGAUAUGCGUUAAAAUUAUAAAUAACAAACGAAACAGUCAACGCCCUCUAAACGAGAGUAGGCCAAAACCAGUGGCGCCAUCUGAUCGAGAAUCAAAUUUUCGUGAUUUUCGAGGCACGUUUUUUCCUUAGACUGUAUCCAUCUAUUACGGAGUUAUAUAUAUAUUUGUUAUCGACUAGCGACAAUGUGGUACCUUUUGGUUGAAAACGUCACAAAUUACCCCAGUGACAUAAAUACCACUGAUACCGUCUUAAACACCUGUUAUG